CUUAAACUGCAAAGCUUCUGGAAAACCCAAACAAAAAGGAACGUCACAAGGUGACGUCAGCCUAUAUACAGUUGUGUGGUCGCAGCACAUAAUCAAAUGCGUUCCUGUACCGUAUCCCUGAAAGCCUUUCAGCAAAUGCAUUCAAGCGACUACAGAAGCUUCUCUCAGCAAUAAGCCACCCAUCUGCCAUCAACAAGUUAAGACAAAAAAAGAAAAAGAAAAAAAAAGCCAUAGCUGUGGAAAGUGCUUUCAAUUAAACAGCUGUAUGGAAUAAAAAACGGAGGAAUUCAAUCCAGCACUGAUCAGGAAUUAACAGACCUGUCUUCUGAAAAUCAAGGAAAUGAAUUCAAAAGGAAUAUAUGAGAAAGGGGAUGUGAAGUCAUUUUUACUCUAACAUCCGUGGACAGUAGAAGUAUUUAUUAAAAGGCUGUCAACAUUAAAGCUUUUCACAGACUCACUGUGUUGAGUCUAAAACUACGACUGAAUGCAACCUCCAACGUACUCAAAAGAAUGGGCUUACAUUUCAAGUGGCCAUUAGGGGCUCCUAUGCUGGCAGCACUAUAUGCAAUGAGUAUUGUUUUUAAAAUGCUGCCUGCCUUGGGCACAGCUUGUCCGCCAAAAUGCCGUUGCGAGAAGCUGUUCUUUUACUGUGACUCUCAGGGGUUUCACUCAGUGCCAAACACCACUGACAAGGGCUGUCUAGGUUUGUCAUUGAGGCACAAUUUUAUUAUGGAACUUGAAGGGGAUCAGUUUGCAAGCUACAGUCAACUUACUUGGCUUCAUUUAGACCAUAAUCAAAUUGACACUAUAAGAGAAGAUGCUUUUCAAGGACUGUAUAAACUCAAGGAAUUAGUUUUAAGUUCAAACAAAAUCUCUUAUUUGCCAAACACAACUUUUAGCCAACUGCUUAACCUGCAACAUUUGGACCUCUCUUUCAAUCAAUUAUCUGCUUUGCAUCCUGAAUUGUUCUAUGGCCUUCGCAAACUGCAAACCUUGAGUUUACGUUCUAAUUCCCUGAGGACUAUCCCAGUCCGUCUAUUUUCAGACUGUCGUAGUUUGGAUUUCUUGGAUUUGAGCACAAAUCGCUUGCGGAGUUUGGCACGCAAUGGAUUUGCAGGAUUAAUCAAACUGAGGGAGCUUCACCUAGAGCACAACCAGCUGACAAAGAUUAACUUUGCUCAUUUCCUACGGCUAAGCAAUCUGCACAUGCUCUUCUUGCAGGGGAAUAAAAUUAGCAACUUGACAUGCGGGAUGGAAUGGACCUGGGGCACUUUAGAAAAGCUAGAUUUGUCUGGAAAUGAGAUCAAAGCCAUUGAUAUGACAGUUUUUGAAACGAUGCCUAAUCUUAAAGUACUCCUAAUGGAUAACAACAAGCUAACAACUCUGGAGUCCAAGGUUUUAUAUUCACUUAAAACUCUAACUACGGUGGGCCUCUCCAGCAAUCCCUGGGAAUGCAGCCCCAAAAUAUGUGCAUUAGCCACAUGGCUGAGUGGCUUCCAAGGUCGGUGGGAACACUCCAUACUUUGUCAUAGCCCAAACCACACCCAGGGAGAGGAUAUUCUAGAUGCAGUUUAUGGUUUUCAGCUUUGCUGGAAUUUAUCAACUGUUGUUACAUCCAUUGCUACAACUUACAGAGCUCCAACAACUGAAUACACAAAAAGAAUAAGCUCCUCAAAUUUCCAUGUGGGAGACAAAGAAAUCUCAACUACUACAGACAUACCCACAACCACAGAAGAGCAGUUGCCUGAGCCAAACAAUGCCAUCUUCACCCAACAGGUAAUUACAGGAACAAUGGCUUUAUUAUUUUCUUUCUUUUUUAUCAUUUUUGUAGUGUUCAUCUCCAGGAAGUGCUGCCCUCCCACAUUAAGAAAAAUUAGGCAGUGCUCAAUGAUUCAAAGUCACAGGCAACUGCGAUCUCAAACACGGCUACAUAUGUCAAACAUGUCAGACCAAGGACCAUAUAAUGAAUAUGAACCUACCCAUGAAGGACCUUUCAUCAUCAUUAAUGGCUAUGGACAGUGCAAGUGUCAGCAACUACCCUAUAAAGAAUGUGAAGUGUAAUAUCUACAGGUAAUAAAAACAGAUAAAACUUAUUUUAAAUUGCAGGGAUCCAACACACUGAUUUUUUUAAAAAAACAUGUUUAAAAAGCCUGGAUUUUUCUAGGCUACUUAUUUGAGUGAUAAAGUAUUUAAAGUUUUUUUUUAAAUAAAUCCGUAAUAUUUUCGGUGUCAAAGCAGCAAUGUUUGCAUUAAAUUUGCACUCCUGGUGUUUGGAAGUCUAAAUAUGCUCAACCCAAAAUAUGUAAACUGCUUCAUGUUAUGUAAUUAUAUAUGUAAAAUCUUCACUCUCCAGCCUUCAAAUUUUAUUUAGAAGAACAGCUUGAAUGAACAGAUAUGAUUAGGUAUAUAUUUACAUGAACCAAUGAAAAAAAGAAUAUUUUGCAAAUUUGAUGCACUAUAGCUAUGAUCCCCAACAUUUCAGCCGGAUCGACUGUCUUUGAAGUAGAAAUUUAAGAAUUGUAAUUUGUUUUUUGUUUUUUUUAAGAAAAGCUGAUUCUCAGACACAUGUUCUACAGUGGAAAGGUGUAGAAGAGGAAAGAUUAAGUAUUAUUUUCAAUGAGUUCAUAUUCAGAGUUCUGGUUAACCAAAUGUUCGGAAUUAAGAAAAUAGUUGUUGACACUUUGGAAUAAAUCAGGAUUAUAGUCACUGCUUCAAAAUACCAACGUUAUGCAGAUAAUUGGUAAUAUGCAGUCUAGUCCUCAAGGUUCUAUUAAGUCUGUCUUUAUUUUAAUGGGACAUUUUAGACUAAGAUCCAAUAUACGCUUUAAAAAUGAACACAAGUUUUUUUUUAUAAAGCAAGCACAGAAAACUAACCUCUUCCUGUUCUCUACCCUUAUUUGUCAAUUUCGAUGAGAAUUCUUUUAUGAAUUAGGAAAUUCUCCAGGUUAAUACAUAACCCUUGCAGGACAAGUUCUAAGAUACCACUAUGAAACCCAAAUCCUGGAUAAUUUAUAUAUCAAUUAUGUUCAUUCAAAAUCAAGUCUCACUGACAGGAAUUUUUAGCCAAGUAAAUGUACUCGGUAUUGUACCCAGGGUAGAGCAUGAGUAUUUUAAACUAUGAGUUAGAUAUAAAAAAUGGUUUAACUAUAAUAUAUUCUUUGGAAUGUUUUACCUCACAGAGAAUGCUUCAGACAUAACAUUUAAAGCAGUACAAAACUACCCUGAAAAAUGGACAGUCAAUUUCUAGUGAAAAACACUGUAUCCAGAGUGUGUUAUGGAAUUAAAUUUAUUGUGCGUAUAUGCAGUUUGAAUAUAAGUCCACUGGGGAGAAAUUUAGUGUAACUUCUCAAAAAUCAUGCGCACAUAACCAAAGCUAUAAAACCUGGAGGGGGGGGGAUGUAUAUAUGUAGGUCUAAAAUACCAUGUCAAGCUCAAUAACAACAACAACAUUUACAAGUAUACAAAAGAGAAAAGAAACAUUGGUGCUUGGAUUAUUCGACUCAAUAUAUAACAUUGUGUGUUGUACUAUGGUGCAAAGUCUUCAGUCAAAUCAGACUCAAAAUCCAUUUUUAUAUGAAUAUUAACCCUUUGUGAAGUAUUUCGAUAAAUUAUCACAGUGCUAUGAGAUGAAGCGAGUGGUUUGGAGAUUUUAGACUUCAAGACCAAUGAGUCAAUACCCAGUAUCCAUUAGCUACAGCGUUUUAUAUCGGGCACUAUUUUAAAUUAAUACAAAGCUUCCUAUAUAAUUAUUUUUCUAGUUAUCUUAAGUCACUGACUGUUUACUAUUUGAGUAAAAACAGAUGGGUUAAUCUCUCCAUGUAGUAAACUAUUAUUUUAGCCAUAUAAUGUAUAUUCUAUGCAUCUGGAUAAAGGGAAAUGUUUUCUGUGUUAAAACACUGUAUCCACCAUGAAUCUAUUAAGUAUAUCUUCCAAAAAAAUAUUAUGUUUCAAUGAAACUAAUGUUACAAACAUUAAAUUUAUGCGAUUGUCUAUGCUUCAGCUCUCCUCCAAUUACACAGGCAUAGAUCACUUCACAUCUUGCCAACAAAUCAGUUGUUUGUGACUGUGCAUGAGGGUUGACAAAGCUGUAUAUGUUGCAAAGAAUUACAGUACUUAAAACCAGAGGCUCCUUCCUCCUACUUAUAGGUUGCAGAAGGCUUGCUACUAGUAAGGAUCAUGUACAUUCACUACAUGCAGCAAUAAAAUAUGAAUUCUUUAGUAUUCAGUAAACACUGAUUUGAGUUAUGCUGCCCUCUGAACCCCAUUAAAACAAUCAUGGACUCCCCAAAAUGCUUUCUGCAUCCUUCUGAAUAUCCCCAUACAAAUGUAGCUCAAGGUUCUCUCAUUACUUUUUCUAGCUGUAAAACAGGAGCUGUGCCAACUAGCCGAACCUACUAGCUGGCCAAAUUCUCUGAUAGUCUCCAAACCCUCCCAAUGAGACAAUUUCUUCAGCCUUUUGCAGAGGUACCAGUAGCAUUUUCUGUUGCCACCACUACCUCUUCUACCCAAAGAACAUCUAUGAAGGAUUUUUUAUACUAACAUGCUUAUUGCAGGUUAGGAUACCACUGAAUGUGAGGAACUCUGGAUAUAGGCUGACAUGUUUUCACUGUUCUCUUCAAAAGCUCUCAGUGUAGAAUUUACUCCUCCACAUACCAGAUCAUUUUAUUCUAUUCUCCUUGCCAAUAUCCAGCCAAGUAGAAUUGAGUGUUAUUUUUCAAGACUCAAAGACCAGAGUACAUAAAUUGUCCCUUCCUCCACAGAUACCUACAUUGCUAAAAAAAAAACCCAACAUGUCAACAUUCGGCUGCUUUAACAGAAAUGGAAUGUAUGCCAUUCAAUAUGAACUCUUGAUUAUUCAAACCAAGGCCAACAGUGAAUAUUAAAUCAAACAAAAGGAACUGUAUGGCCUGCAUGAUAAAUCAACAGUAACCACCAAAAUAGACCAAUUUCACCAACAAUAAACUUUAUACAGCAAAGCCACCCAAUAGUUAAUGUCUGCUACAUUUCUCAAUUCUGUUUUCUUUUCUAAGAAAAAGGGAUGUAUUCCUGCAUGGCAAACUGGCCAUUCAAAUUACAUCCAACCUAUUAUUAGUAGCAAUGCCAAAUAUUAUUUUACCAACAGUUGAACAUGAUGAAAACCAGUUCAAACAUGCAGACUUAUGCUGGUAAUAGGGUCAACCAAGGACCUGAACACGAAGAGCCGUUACAGAUACGAACCCCAGCACUGGCAACAAAUCAAUACAUAAUUUUUAACAUGGACAGUUCAUACACACCUGAGACACAUACAAGUAUUGACUAAUCACGUAAUGAGAGAUCAAGUGACGUACACAUAUUUAUUAACUGAUCCAAAAGCUCUGGCAUACCUCACUGUUAUAAAACAAUUGUAGAUUUUCCCAAACACUUUAUUUUAUGGCUUGGUUUAUGGCUCCCAUCUAAGGCUUCUGUAGUUUUUACUUAAUUUCUAAUAGCAGCAUGCCAUCAUCAACUGCUUCUACAGAUGGCACUUUGACACUAGUUACCACAGUCGCCAGAGAGAAAAUAAUCAAGUUGACCCAUUUUUUAAUUUAUCAAACCACUCAGUAAAUAACAAUGAUGAUCAGAAUCCUCCUCAUCAGCAAAAAUUAUUAUUAUCAACAUAAAUGCCCUUACUUUCAAAAGUUAAGAUCUGUACAAGCAAGUUUCAGAAUUAAAAUUCAGUGCAUGUGGGAAGAAAGAGACUAUGAGGAUAAUUAUAUUCAGUAUUACAGUUCUUUAUACUCUGAAGACAUGAGACACAAAAUUUACUUCAUUGUCAUCAUCUUCCAACUACUAAUAAUGCUAAAGGUGAACCAUAGUUUUAAUAUUGCAACAACUACUGGUGGGUGAGAGAUAGUUUAUUGGGGUAUAAAAUAAUGCAAAAUAUGUCACAUGAUAAAAUAAUAAUAGAAACAAAAUGGUGGCCACAUCCAUGGUGUAAAUUUCAACAGUCUUUGCUAUACUUCUGGUUCAUGAUUUCUGUUAUUACUACAUUUUUCCCUGGAAAGUUUCCACAAUGCUGAAAUUAUUAACAGACAUUCCAAAUGAUUUGUAUUAGUAAUGUUCCAUAAUGCAUAUUCUGGUGGAAGAGAGAGAUUCAUAAUGCAGUUAAGUGCAGUGUACAAAAAUAAAAAAAUAAAAAAGUGUGCAUACUGUAAAAA